AUGUUUGAAAGGGGAGAAAACUCAUUCAAUGGAGAUGAUAGGAGAGAGGAAAUAUUGGAACAAGGGAACAUAUCAGAUGAAGACGGCGCUGAAACUAGGGAUGGCAAAACGGGUCUUUCGAGGGGGGAUUCACAAGGGAGAAACACACCAAUGAGACUUGAGUUCAAACCCACUGUCGAUCAACUUUCGGCUCUGAUACCACUUAUUGGUGGGGAUGGUUAUGGUAGAAACCUCAACGAUGAUAUUGAGGAUCUCAGAGGUGAUGAUAAUGGUCAUGAUAGUGAUGUCAACAAUGCUUAA